AUGAUUCAUGCCCUCGCCCCAGCGUCCUGGGGCGGUCGCCUGUCGUCGGGGGCUCCGCACCAGUUGCGCGGCUCCCCCGUGCCCAACUGGACACACGACAUUGACCAAACUCACACCUCGGGGCCACUGAGACGGGAAAUUCGGGACCGCUUCUCCCCAACACACACACACUCAAAUCUUCCAAUUUUUACUGAAACGUUCCAGUUCACUUCGCCCACCGCCUCGGUCACACCCUGCCGCCGGGGCCGACCCCACCCCGGCUCCCCCUCUGCCAGUCAGGAGCCGAGAGGCCGUGCCACCCCCAGGCCUCGGCGCGGCGCGGGCCGCCCCGGCCGCCGCCCGCCGCCUUCCUCCCCGGCCCCCCGCGGCAGGGACGGGGCAAGGCAGCGGCCGAGGGGAACCGGCCGGCCGCAGGGCGACUUCCACGGCGGGCAAGGCCGCCGGGGAGGGGGCCGGUCUCGGCGCUCGCCGAGCGCUUUCCGCUGCCGUUUGUCUCCCGUCUCUUCCCGUUCGCAGGAGCAGCUGCCGCUGCGCAACCCCUUCCCCGCCUCCUCCUCCUCCUCGCAGCCUCCCUCGCACGGCGCGGCCCCGACAAACAGAGCUGAAGAAUCAGAAGUGGAAAUGAAUAGCCAAGAGACUGACGUGCUACGUUGCUGGAGAUGUAGAAAAUACAUAGCAAAUUCUAACUGCCUUGCAAAAUGUCAUGGAAAAGAACCAUCCAAUACAUCACAACCUUCAGCUGCUGCUCAGGAGUCUUGCAAUGUAUGGCAUGUGAACUUAGAAGCCAUUCCAGAGUGGGUGAAAUGCGUCAUUGAGAAGGCACAGUGGACAAUUGGAAAACUGCAUUGUCCGUUUUGUGAGGCCCGUUUAGGGGGCUUUAACUUUGUCUGCAACACAAAGUGUUCCUGUGGACAGUUAGUAAACAUACAUUUCUGCAAAAGUCGAACUGACUAUCAGCCAGCUUUCUCUGUUAAAUUGGCAAAAUCAUCAGGAAAACACUUACCUCUCUGCAAAAUUAAGUCUGGUUUUAGCACUGAUAACCACCAAGAAGUGGUAACAGCAACUUCGGAAAUCAAACCACAAAGGCUUUCAUACAUGGCCAGAAAUAAUAAUACUGAAAGAUUAACAGAAGCACUUUAUCUCGAAGCAAGGUCUCCCAGAUUGGAGAUGAAAAGUAAAAAGCAUCCCUUAAAGGCAUUAAAUCAAAAAGGAAACCUUUCUGCUUCCUGUCUUCUGAAUGAUGCAUGCACUCUAAAACCUUUCCACAGAAGAUCACAUAGUUGGGAUUUAAAUGUCAGCAAGAGACUUGCUUUGUCACCUUCAUUUGAAACUUCCAGUACAGGAACUAUUUACCAUAUGAAAUGGUCGAAUGGACAAAAUGAAAAUCCACCUGUUUACACACAAAGUGGCUUGCAGUUAGAGUCCAACAGUAGUGCUUUUCAGGAACAAUAUAGGUCAAAUGCUGACAAACUGCAGAAGAGGAUUCGAGAUACUUCCUUUACCACAUUGGUACAUAGAGGCACAGAGAGUGAAUGUGAUUUUGAAGCUGCUGGACAAUCUUCUGGGAGUGGCAUUGCUGACAGGUCACCUUUUGUGAUGAACAUUUCUUCAUCUGCAAGUGCUGUAGAAGAGGAACAAUACAUUGCACUUGUUGGUCUUGUGCAGCCUACAAAUACUUACGUCAACCAAAAACUGAGUAAGAGAGAAAGAAACAAGUUGAAAAGCUUAAGGAGAAAACAAAGGAGGCAAGAACAGUGGCUACAGAAGCAAACUGCAAAUGAUAACCUGCAUACAGAAGAUGAGCCUGAACUCAGAGGAGAUAAAGAAAGCUAUCUCUGUGCUGUAUGCCUGGAUGUUUAUUUCAAUCCUUACAUGUGCUAUCCAUGCCACCACAUCUUUUGUGAACCUUGUUUAAGGAUGCUUGCCAAAGACAAUCCAGCCAGCACUCCAUGUCCACUAUGUCGUACUACAAUAGCCAGAGUCUUUUUCCAAGCAGAAUUGAACAACUCUACCAAGUCUUUUUUCCCUACGGAAUAUUUGAAGUUACAAGAAAGUUUUCAAAAAUCAAAUUCUGCUAAAUGGCCUCUACCAAGCUGCAAGAAAGCUUUCAGAGUAUUUGAAGCAGGUUUUCGAAGACGCUCAGAUACUGUAACGAGGCAUUUCCCACAUGCUGCUCACAGGAUGGACUACAUGGACUUUGAAGAUGAUAGCCGUGGAUGGCGGUUUGAUAUGGACAUGGUGAUAAUCUACAUUUAUUCAGUCAACUGGUUUAUUGGCCAGAGUACUUCGAGGAAAAGGAUUUAAACACAUCCUUCUGGAACCAAAGCUUCCCUUGUCCAGACCAAAUGCCCUAACCACUAAGCGAUUAUGGAGGCACAUGAG